AUGGCAAAACAGACAAUAUAACAUAAUCAGAGCACCUUCAUAUUCUCCUCUUGCUCUUGGCAGAGACACUAAAAACUCUUAGUAACAAAGAGCAAAAACAGGCUAAGCACCAGUCGAAGAAGAAGAAGAAGAAGAAGAUGAUAGGACAAGGACCAACUCUAACAUGCACGGUGGGUGUUGCAUUCUUAACCUGCGCACUCACAACACUCUCUGCAGCUGUUCAUGAAGACACAUCAAACAUAUUCCAAGUGACCAGUGGGGACAGGAAAUUCUUGGACAAUGAUGUGGUGGGUGCUGAGAAACACUUCAAGGUUUUCAUGGAAAAGUACGAGAAGAAGUAUGAUACGAGAGAGGAGUACCUGCACCGACUUGGGAUAUUCGCGAAGAACAUGAUAAGGGCGGCCAAGCACCAAGUGCUGGACCCCAUGGCGGUCCACGGAGUCACUCCUUUCUCUGAUCUGUCGGAGGAGGAGUUUGAGGAGUUGUACACAGGUGUGAGAGGUGGGAAUACUGAUAUGGAUGUGGUUAAGGAAACUGGUCCGUUGCUGGAGGUUGGUGGGUUGCCUGAGAGCUUUGAUUGGAGAGAGAAAGGAGCUGUUACUGAGGUUAAGAUGCAGGGUCAAUGUGGAUCAUGUUGGGCUUUUAGCACUACAGGAGCUGUCGAAGGAGCCAAUUUUAUUGCAACUGGGAAACUUGUCAAUCUUAGUGAACAACAGCUUGUUGAUUGUGAUAACACGUGCGACAUAAAGGACAAAACUGCAUGUGACAAUGGAUGCGGAGGAGGCCUUAUGACAAAUGCGUACAAAUAUUUGCUCGAGGCAGGAGGGUUAGAGGAGGAGAGUUCAUACCCUUACACUGGGAAGCGAGGUCAAUGCAUGUUUAAGCUGGAAAAUGUAGCCGUAAGAGUUGUCAAUUUUACCAAUAUCCCUAAUGAUGAGAACCAAAUUGCAUCGUAUUUAGUCAACUAUGGUCCUCUUGCAGUUGGGUUAAAUGCGGUGUUCAUGCAAACUUACAUUGGUGGUGUCUCAUGCCCUCUUAUUUGUGGCAAGAAAUGGAUUAACCAUGGAGUAUUGCUCGUGGGAUAUGGUGAAAAGGGGUAUUCCAUUUUGAGAUUUGGCUACAAGCCCUAUUGGAUCAUCAAGAAUUCAUGGGGCACGAGAUGGGGUGAAAAGGGCUAUUACCGCCUUUGUCAGGGGUAUGGAAUGUGUGGAAUGACCAGAAUGGUCUCUGCAGUGGUGACUCAAGCCUCCUAAACAAGCAUUCUGCCAAAUAGUUCCUUUCCUUAUUGAAAGGCUAGUAAUAAAUAUAAAGAUGUUGUAUUACGGAAGUAUAUGGUCUUAGGAAUUUGCCUGUACGGUACUUGCAUAACAAUUAGAUCAAACCAUAUAAUUCAUAAUAUAUGGAUGCUAUUUUGAGUUAUAACAUAUGGCUAAAAGAGUAAAGAAAUGUCAGUUUUCAAUGGCACUUUUGAGUUGUGUACACGUUUAAGGUUCUCAUGAGAUGAUCCAUUUUCCUUCUAUAAUUCAUCAUUAUAGUGUGUUUAGCUUUUUGCCAAAAAAUAAAAUCAUCAUUAUAGCGUGUUUAGCUUUUUGCUAAAAAGUUUAUUUAUUGAUAGUUGAAAAAAAGUAGAGUCUGUCUUUUAAAAAAAGCAAGACUUGUGCACGUACAUCCUCAGGCAUGCUGUACAUAAACCAAUAAAAUAAUAAGGCACGGUGCAUUGGUGCAUGAGUUAAUUGGCUAAAUGAUGUUAACUUUGGCUAAAUAAUGAAGAAAUGAGACGGGAGAGGGCAUUGGAAGUGCUGAAAUCACGAUGAAUUUGGCACUGUCAAUGCCAAAUUUAUGUUGAUUUCAAUACUGAAACCAGGAAUCAGAUAUUACUACAAGUCAAAUAGCUGUUCAACUGAACGUCUUUGUUUGUGGUGGAAUAGCAAUCGGAUUGUGCUGC